AACGCUUUAUUUUAUCAUUAUCCCGCCUAAUAAUUUCAAUGCUUAUUUCGUCCUCUUAUCCUUCUUAUCCGUAUCCCUUAUAUACUAUUCCUUAUCCUUCUUCCUAUCGCAAUAAAUACCCUUAAUUAAAAGGAAACAAAAAUAAAAGAGAUGGAUAAAGCUAGUAAGGGCGUAUUAGAAAUUUUAUUGAUUGUCAUAAUCUUAUCCCGUUAUAUAAUUCCAUAACAACACUUUUUAAAAAAAAUUAUACCACCCAAUAAUUCCAUAUCCUUAUCCCAUGCUCUUAUUCUUCUAGUGCUUAUCCCUCAUGUACUAUUCCACAACCGCUAUAAAUAUGUGCCCCUCACACUUCAUCCCCCUCACUUAAACAUCCUUGCAUCCUUUUUAUUCUGUAACCUAAUAAUUUCUCUCUUUUGGCCAAAAAAAAAAAAAAAAUGUCAGCAGAAACUUUAGCAACGAAUUUCUCAUUGCUGCCAACAGCGUCAUCCCUUCUUUCUGCACCCAUUUUCCUUUCAUUUGCCGCAUUUCUUUCCCUUUUCACCAUAUUCUUGUACCCAGGAGGCUUAGCAUGGUCUCUUUCCGCAGUUAAAAACAACCGAAGUGGCAACGGUAAGUCCGCUUCGGCUAUUCCUGGUCCAACCGGGUUACCCCUUAUUGGUCUUGGCCAUGUUUUCGCUUCCGAAAAAACUCAUAGAAUCCUAUCCAGUAUUGCCACUAGCCUCAAGGCUACGCCGUUGAUGGCGUUCUCAGUUGGGUUGACUCGCUUUGUUAUAGCGAGUGAACCCGAGACUGCUAAAGAGAUUUUAAACAGCUCCGAAUUCGCUGAUCGUCCUAUUAAGGAGUCAGCCUAUGAGCUUCUCUUUAACAGGGCUAUGGGGUUUGCACCCUUCGGUGAUUACUGGAGGAACCUCCGAAGGAUUUCCGCAACCCAUCUUUUCAGCCCGAGAAGAAUUUCCAACUUCGGAGGAUUCCGCCAAGAAAUUGGUAAUCAAAUGGUGAACCAAAUCACUACUAUUAUGGGAAAUGAGGGAAAUGUUGAGAUCAAAAAUGUGUUGCAUUUCGGAUCAUUGAACAAUGUCAUGAUGAGUGUGUUCGGAAAGAGUUACGAUUUCUUCGGUAAGAGGACCGAGGAAGCUGAUAACCUUGAAGAAUUGGUUAAGGAAGGUUAUGAAUUGUUGGGAAUAUUCAACUGGGGAGACCAUUUUGCCCCUCUAAGGUGGUUGGAUUUACAAGGAGUAAGGAGAAGGUGCAAGAAUCUUGUUGGUAAGGUAAACAAGUAUGUUGGUAAUGUGAUUGAAGAGCACAGGGCAUUGAGGAGUGAGAAGGUUGAUGAUGAUUCAAAGGAUUUCGUUGAUGUUCUUUUGGACUUGGAAGAUGGAGAGAACAAGCUCUCUGACUCUGACAUGAUUGCUCUUCUUUGGGAAAUGAUCUUCAGAGGAACAGACACAAUAGCAAUCCUCCUAGAGUGGACUCUAGCAAGGAUGGUAGUGCACCCUGACAUUCAAGCUAAGGCUCAAGCCGAAAUCGACAGCGUUGUUGGAGCCAACAGGCAUGUCACCGACUCAGACCUCCCCAAGUUGCCUUAUCUCCAAGCAAUAAUCAAAGAAACCCUAAGGGUCCACCCACCAGGCCCACUUCUAUCAUGGGCUCGUCUCUCAAUCCACGAUACCUACGUCGGUCCGCACUUGGUCCCUGCCGGAACCACUGCAAUGGUUAACAUGUAUGCCAUCACCCAUGAUGAGAAAAUCUGGUCAAACCCGAAUGAGUUUAAACCUGAGAGGUUCAUGGAAGAGGAUGUCCCGAUCAUGGGUUUAGACCUCAGGCUCGCACCUUUCGGAGCAGGACGCCGUGUCUGCCCUGGAAAGGCCAUGGGUAUGGCAACUACUCAACUCUGGUUAGCUCAGAUGCUUCAGAACUCCAAAUGGGUUCCGACCGAGAACGGUGUGGACUUGACCGAGUGCCUCAAGCUUUCAAUGGAGAUGAAGAAGUCUUUGGUAUGCAAGGUUAUUCCUAGGAUUGCAGCUUAUGUCAACUAGUCUGCCU